GCCAGCUACGCGACCAGCAUGAGCACGUCGGCCAAGGAGCUGCCCCGCGGCUGGAAGGAGGUGCAGAGCAAGAGCCGCCCCGGCAAGGUGUACUUCCUGCACGUCAAGAGCGGCGAGAAGACCUGGAAGCUCUCGCACGUGCACGCUAAGGAGCGCGAGUUCCGCCACCGAGCGGCGGACAAGAAAAAGCGCCGCUCUGCCGACGGCUCCUCCAGCUCGGAGACCGUUCAGGCGCUGCAUAUCCUCGUGAAGCACUCUGGAUCCAGAAGGCCGUCAUCAUGGCGACAGGAGACCAUCACCCGCAGCAAGGCGGUGGCGGAGGCCAAGGCGGGAGGAAUCCGCGAGAAGCUGCUAGCAUGUGUGGAGGCCAACCCUGAUAGAUCAUCCGAAGCUUUGCGCGAGCUUUUUGAAGAAAUCGCCAAGGAGGAGAGCGACUGCAGCAGUGCCAAGCGUGGAGGCGAUCUGGGUCCGUUCACUCGUGGAAAGAUGACCCCGUCGUUCGAGAAGGCAGCGUUCGCGCUCAAAGUGGGUGAAAUGAGCGACUUGGUGGAGAGCGACAGCGGUAUCCACGUCAUUCUUCGCAUCGCAUGAGUAUGCUGGCCAGACAUCAGAGUGGCCAGGUUUGUGGAUAUGCGGAAGCACCUCCAGCCCAGCCAGGUUUUGUUGAUAUUUUCCAACAUACAGACUG